GUAACGGCGCGGUCAAAUGCAAACGCCAUAAUAAGUUCCGAUUUUGAAACCGACACAAGUGUGGAUUACUCCAGUUUUGAAUUAUAAUCUACGAAUAGCAGUUGUGGAAACAGUUCUAAGUUGAACGAAGUGAUCUUUACUGCUGAAGAGUUUGAGUAGUUCAAGUGCAAAUUAAUAGGCUGGAAAUAUAAAACAUCAUGCGGAUCAUUGUGGAAGAGCAUCCCAACAUAUUGGACGUUUCCGAGCUACUUCGGCCGGAGAAAAGCUUCACCGACAAAGAUGUGUCCAAGUUUCGAGACUACACCGUGGACGAUAACGAUCCACUGAAGGAGCGUGUCCGCAGGACCUACAAGCUGAUGCAUACCCACCAGACGGUGGACUUCGUUAAAGGUCGCCACGCAGAAUGGCUCAAGUUCGAUCACUUCAAGGCCAACAUCAGGGAUGCGCUGGAGAAGCUGAACGACCUGGUUGACGAGUCCGAUCCGGAUCUGGACCUGCCCAAUAUUGUGCAUGCCUUCCAGACGGCGGAACGAGCCCGCGAAGAGUACCCGGAGUGGGACUGGCUACACCUGACGGGACUGAUCCAUGACCUGGGCAAAGUGAUGGCCUUCUACGGUGAACCGCAGUGGGCCGUCGUUGGAGACACCUUUCCAGUUGGCUGCGAAUGGGGUCCAAGUAUCGUCUACCGGGAGGACAGCUUCGUCGAUAACGUUGACGGAGCGAAUCCUAAGUACAACACCAAGUGUGGAAUGUAUCAACCCAAGUGUGGCCUGCAGAAUCUGACCAUGUCCUGGGGUCAUGACGAGUAUCUAUAUCGGGUACUGAAGCACAACAAGAGUACGCUGCCGGACCAAGCGCUUUACAUGAUCCGUUACCACUCGUUCUACCCAUGGCAUUCGGGCGGAGACUACGGACACCUGACCACGGAGAAAGACGAGGAGAUCAAGAACUGGGUACUGCUGUUCAACCGUUACGACCUGUACACCAAGAGUACGAAGAAGCCGGACAUGGAAGCACUCUGGCCCUACUACCAAGGACUGAUCGACAAGUAUUGUCCGGGCGAACUGGAAUGGUGAUAUUUGCGGGGGUGAUGUUGUUUUGUUGAAAUAUUGCUACUUAGAUACCCUAUCUGUACUCUAUUAGGUUUUAAGUAUUGGGAAAAUGAUAUUGAACCGAUAUAGGCUAAGGAAAGUAGCUUAAGUUGUAUC